GUAGAGCAGGUAGGCGGUCAGACAUGACGCCAAACAGGUAGUCUCGGGGUGUGCCCUUGGUUGUAGAUGUUGUUCGAGAGACAAACGCAGAAGCAUAAAUAAAGCUUAACAGAAAAGUGUCGCUGAGAGUUUGUGCAGACAUGGAUUUUACUCGGUUAUUGUCGCUGCUGGUCGUUUUCUGCUGGUUUUCUGCCUCUGAUGCCGCAGGUAAAGGACGGGGGUUUAUUGGGUACAAGGACCCUGAGAAUUCAGAACAAGUUGUUGUGGACAAGGCAACAGCUGACACGCUGAGAAGUAGCCUCACCACAGUCUUCCUCCCAAUCCUCUACAUCAUUGUGCUUGUGGUGGGACUUCCUGCCAACGGCAUGGCCAUCUGGGUAUUUCUCUUCAGGACCAAGAAGAAGCACCCAUCAUCGAUCUACAUGGCCAACCUGGCUAUGGCUGACCUGCUUUUUGUCAUUUGGACGCCGCUAAAAAUUUUCUACCAUUUCAACGGCAACAACUGGACCUACGGAGAGACGAUGUGCAAAGUCUUUGUGAGCUUCUUCUACGGAAACAUGUAUUGCUCCAUUCUUUUCAUCACCUGCCUCAGUGUGCAGAGGUACUGGGUUGUGGCUCACCCUUUGUCCCAUCAGAGGAAGAACAACAAAGUGGCUAUUGGUGUCUGUGUGGCAGUCUGGGCUUUCAUCUGGCUCACCACCACGCCUCUGUACCUGUAUAACCACACCGCAAAACUCAAAGACCUCAACAUAACCACGUGCCACGAUGUCAACGUCAUACAGGAUUCCCUCAAUCCAUUCCCUUCUGUCCAGAUCCCCUACUUCUACUUUAUCUUCAUGGGUAUGGUCGUGUUCCUCGUCCCUUGUGUAGUGAUCAUUGUGGCCUAUGUUCUGUUACUCAGGGCUCUGGGGAACAGCAUGGAGGACAGUACAGCAGCAAAGAACCGGCACAAAGUUGUGGUGUUGAUUGUGAUUGUCCUGGUUACAUUCCUGGUGUGUUUUGUCCCCAGUAACAUCAUGCUGGUGGUGCAUUACUCCCUAUUGAAGGAUGGGGAGAUAAAUAAUGGCUAUGGCUUCUACAUCUCCACAUUAUGCCUGGCCAGUCUCAACAGCUGCCUGGACCCUUUCAUUUACUACUUUGUGUCUGAGGACUUCAGAAACCAUGUGAAGAACACACUGCUAUGCAGGAGCAGCAGGACUGUGGAGAGGAUGAGGGUUUCAUUCAGUUCCAUGAAGUAUUCCAGGAAGAGCAAAGCAUAUGUUUCAAAUAGUGGAGAAACACAGAGCAGUAACUGUUAAAUCAGAUUAAGGAGAGAAAAAACACUGAUUAGAUAUCAAAUAUCCUGCCUAUCCUGCCUUGCUUGUACUCUGGUGUACUGAAAACAUGGCAGCGCACAGACCUGGUGGCACUUGGACUCAGUAGCUAGGUCUGUCAUAAUGAACAUGAGACCCAUCAGGUGCAACCAGGUAACCUCAGCACAUCAGACAACCAAAGACGAACUUUAAAUGUGAAGAUGAGUGUGUUGGGAUGAGGGUAGAGGUCAUUUUAACUUGGUUUUAUAAUGCAAAACAUUAAUACACACACAUAUAUAUA